AUGGAGGAUGGAGGAAAUAGGCAGGGGGCAGAGGGACAGAAGAGCAGCCACGGCGGAGGGGCAGAGGGACAGAAGAGCAGCCACGGCGGAGGGGCAGAGGGACAGAAGAGCAGCCACGGCGGAGGGGCAGAGGGACAGAAGAGCAGCCACGGCGGAGGGGCAGAGGGACAGAAGAGCAGCCACGGCGGAGGGGCAGAGGGACAGAAGAGCAGCCACGGCGGAGGGGCAGAGGGACAGAAGAGCAGCGACGGCGGAGGGGCAGAGGGACAGAAGAGCAGCCACGGCGGAGGGGCAGAGGGACAGAAGAGCAGCGACGGCGGAGGGGCAGAGGGACAGAAGAGCAGCCACGGCGGAGGGGCAGAGGGACAGAAGAGCAGCGACGGCGGAGGGGCAGAGGGACAGAAGAGCAGCCACGGCGGAGGGGCAGAGGGUCAGAAGAGCAGGGACGGCGGAGGGGCAGAGGGGCAGAGACCAAGGUGA